AUGGCCAGGCCAACCGUCAUGCCGACGAGUGUCAGGGCGACCGUGCCCGAGGCCUUCAUGGUGCUCCACCUGAGGAUGAGGGUGGUGGAAGAGCAAACCAGCGCACUGGUGCGAGACCUGGAGGUGCUAGGUGUCGAUGGGCAGAGCCUCGAUCAUUUCCACUCAAAGACCUCAGAAACACCUGCUGGUCACCCAGCCGUUAGCCCUGUGCAGGCCAGGGUAGCAUUUGUGGGAGAAAGUACACUGUGGAAAAACUGUGAAACACUGGUGAAUCGAAUGUGUCGGUUAGAGAGUGUUGUACAGACCCUGAAAUUAAAUAUCUUCCGGCUGCAGACAGAAAAGGAACUGAUUCCAAAGCAUGCAGCCCAGUUGGAGCAGCGCCUGAAUUCAAUCCACGAGGAACAUUUGCAAGAAAUGAAGAUUGUACAGCAAGAAGCCAUGAAGUUGCACCAACACCUAAGUGAUGUGAAAGAGGCUGAAGAAAAGGCAAAAGAAGACGUUCAGAGACUGCGUACUGCUCUGGAGAUUACAACUGCAUCCAAAAUGGAUGUAGUCAUUGCAGCUGAGGAACUGAGGAACGCAAACCAGAAAAUUAACUGUAGACUUCAGGAGCUAACAGAACAGCUGUCCCAGGAGAUCAGCCUGCGGGAGUCUUUGGAGGAAUCCCAAGCAGCUGUGAUGUGUCAUGUACAGGACAUGGAAACAACAGUAGAAGCAGAAAGGAAGCAGGUACAGAUACUACAGCAGGACUGCCAAGAGUUCUGUAAAGAUGUCCAACUAGCCCGAGUGAGGCUGCAAGAGGAGGAGGAAAGAACUGCCCAACUGGAGCAACAGUGCACACAACUGAAAGCUGAGCUGGACUCCAGGAACUGUAUCAUUUCCCAGCUUGGUGAAGAAGCAAAAGUAAGUUUGGACGUUCUGUUUUAUUGCCCCUUAGAAUGCACAGCUGUCCUUAGUGAACAACGCAAAGAGAACCUGCAACUUCAGUCUAAAAUGACUGCCCUGCGAGAAACAGCGGAGAAAGUACAGGUCCUUAAUGACCACUUAAGCCAGCAAUGCUCAGAGCUCAGCACCACGCUCCAAAGUGUUGCCGUGGAGAAUGCUAAACUCAUUUCAGAUCAUCAGACCAUGCUUAAGGCAGAACAAGAAAAGAAUCGUAAGCUGCAAGAGCAAGACUCACUUCUGAAUGCUGCCCGUGCCAACAUUCUCAGAGAGCUGCAGAGUGUGCAGCAUGAGAAGGCUCAGCUUCAAAGAGAGCUGGAGGCCUUGCGUACAGAGCAUGGCAAAUACAGGCAGAAAGCAAGCCUUGCUGAGGAGGCAGCAACUACACAGAGACAGCUUUUGGAACGUACUGUUGCUAGACUGCAAGGUGAACUUGAGACGGCUUUGAAAGAGAAAGGAUCUCUGCUGGCAGAAAAGGAAGAUCUUCAACAGGAGAUAAGGACAACAGCAAAGGAAAAAAUACAGGAAAGGAACAAAUUGGAAGUGGAAAAAACAGAGAAUGAGCUAGAAAUGGUUUCUAUGAAACUCACUUUGCAAACACUAGAGGAAGAGAACAGGAGACUAUUGGAUCGCUUGGCUGCACUGGUACAUGAGCAGUGUGCCCAGCAGCAGGUGCAACAGGUGCUGGCAGAGCUGACUGACAGCAAGAAUAAACUGACCUGUGACAAAGGAAAACUUAAGAUUGCAAACCUGCAGCACCAGCUGGACACAGCAAAGGAUGAUAACAGUAAGGUGACAGCCAUGCUGGAGCAUGUGUUAGCUUCUCAUAACAAGAUGCAAGCAGCUCUGGAUGCAGUACAAACUGAGCUGGGACACAAGGACACUGAAAUCAGCAACCUUAGAAAAGACAAGAGCCAGACUCAACAGAAAAUACAGAGGUUAGAAACAGAAUUGGAACAUUGCCAAGCCAAACUGGUUGCCCUGGGAAGGCAGCACAGCAGCCAGGUGGAACCACUUUGUAAGGCACUAGAAAGUGCUAGAACAGACAACAAAAAACUUGUUCUUCAUUUGGAAGAAGUUCUGCAGGUCAAUAAUACCCUGCAGAGCAAGCUGAUCCAAACUCAAUAUGAACUGAAAAGUAAAGAAACUGAGCAUCAACAGCUGAUGGUGUGCAGGGAACAGUUGAUGGAAAAAGCCAAGACUGAGGAAAAGAUGUAUGCUGAACACUUGGAGUCUUUGAAGAAGCAGUUUCAAACUGAACAAGAAGCUUCCAGGAAAGCUGCCUGUCAAGAAUCUGCUGAGGUAAAGAAAUCCCUUGAAGAAUCCACCUCCAAAUUGGCUGAAGUUUCCUGUGCUAACAGGGAGCUGCAGCAGAAAGUAAUAGAGCUGGAAAAGUCUUUGUCCAGUUACAGGGAAAGGCUAAAAAGCCAAAGAGCUCAAGUCAGACAAUGCCUGGCCUAUAAAGCUAACACAGAAAGGGUAAAGAACACUGAAUCUGAACUGAGGAAAAUGGAAGCAAUAAAAGAGGAGUAUCAGAAGAAGAAUUAUGAACAAUCACAGGACAUCCAGAAAUUUGUGUCAGAGUUGAAAAGUGUGCAGAGCAAGAUGCAAGUGGUGUUGAAAAACCAGCAUGAAGUGCAAGUGCAGAACAGGCAGCUGGAGACCCAGCUGGAAGCGGAGCGAAGGCGAAGGCAGCAGCUGGAAAAUGAAUGUCAGAAACUGGAAAAAGCAGUCAAACAUCUGAAGAAAUAUAAAGAGGAGACAGAAAAGAAACUGAAGGAAGCCAGCAUAGAGUCAGAACAGAUCACAACUAGCCUAGAAGAAGCUCACCGUUGGUUCAAAUCUAAGUUUGACAGCCUGCAGCUGGAAGUUGGGAAAAACCACCAGCCAAAGAACUCUGAAGAGAGCAGCUCCAAAAAGGAGGAGAAAAAGCAAGAGCUUCCCACUCGCAUCUCCCUGGACAGCAGGGCAAGGACCCAAGGCCUCCAGCUCACCACCAGGAAGGCCCACGUGAGCUGGACAGGAAAUGAGCUCACUUGA